CAAAAUCGGAAACUUGGCCUUUGCUAAGCAAACGAUUUGACUGCACGCUUUUUUCUUGAAAGGAAAGCAUUUCUAUGGCUGUAAACGUGUUGGCGUACAUUACCCGAGCUUACGAGAUUGCAGGAUCACUUGCCAAGAUGGCCAUGAAAAAAUCGGGUCUUAAUGGACAAAGGAAACGCGAAAAUUUUAGCAGAUAUUACAUCAAUCGCUGUAUUCGUCAUGUCAAUGAAAAAGGGCCAAAAAAAGGGUUCGAUUAGCCUAAUUGAAUUCCCCCAAAAUCGGUCGGAUCGAGAGUUCUUCGACAUUGUUUGUAACAAAGGCCUUGAGAAAUCGAUAGAAAGAUGGCGCUGGAGUCGCUAGACGACAGGGAGAAGGGAAGGGGAGAUUUUCCUGUGUUCCCAUUGGAGAGAAAGGCCAGCGAGAGGGGGUGCGGGUGUGUGUGUGUUGUAUCCGAGCGGAACGUCAACAGUCGGAGCUUGUACGAUCUAGAGGCAGGACCUCGUUGCGUUCCAUUUUUUUCUUCUUCUUCAUUUUCUAGACAAAAAAGAAACGUUAAUUUCUCCUUUGAAACUUCUUCGUAAUCUUAUUUGAAAGAAAAGGCAGAGAAGUUUAUUCUUUUUUCUCGCCUUUGUACAUUCUCGUUUCCACCUUUUGUUCGGGAAACUGAGCUUUCGAGCUGUGCACGUGCCUGCCUACGUGUGUUCAGUGUGUGUGUGAAUCUGUGUGUACAAGUGAGUGUGUGUGUGUGUGUGUGAAAAAUCCUGCUGAAUCGGUCCUCACACGCAGCUCCCGAGUUGGCUCGGUCUCACAUCCUGUCCACCAACCAACGAACCAGCCAUAUUGAAGAUAAAAAAACUCAAGCGAAAGCUUUAUGCUUGAUUUAGCUGCGUCUCUGGCCUGUGUUUCUUUGUUUUCUUCUAUCGAUUUGGCAAGAGGUUUCUCUCUACCUCUCGGUGUAGUACACACCCACCUCCCAUUACACACAUACACACGCUGAAUUUCAUUUGUUAUUUUGUUCGUGGUGUUGUGUGUUUUCGUCGUCAUGAGCAUCGACGCGCUACUUCAGGCCGCCGAGUACCUGGAACGAAGAGAAAGAGAAGCUGAGCAUGGCUACGCUUCAUCACUGCCGAUGCCUAUUGAAGAUCAUGGCAGUAGCCCGACGCCGUCCUCGUCUUCGUCUUCCACUCGACCCAUCAAAAUCAAGAAGAACCAAGGAAGUCGGUCGACACACAACGAGCUGGAGAAGAACAGGCGUGCUCAACUGAGAACUUGUUUGGAGAAACUUAAAGAUUUGGUCCCGUUAGGUCCGGAAUCGGCCCGUCACACUACGCUGGGGUUACUGACACGCGCGAAACAUUUCAUUAAGACGCUGGAAGAGCGAGAUAGGCGUCACCUGCAGCACAAGGAACAGCUGAACCGCGAGCAGCGCUUUUUGCGGCGGAAGCUGGAGCAGCUGUCUCAGCAUUUUGAACAGUUGUCAUCAUCCAGCCCAGGCGCCUCCAACCAGAUGAAUAAACGACGGGGAAAUUCCCUAUCCGAAUGCUCCGUCUCGACGACCAUUUCGUCGGCAUCGUCACUGACCUCGUCCGUCUCCUCCGAAACCGAUGAAGUCGACGUGAUUGGUUACGGAAGUCACGGUAGCGAUUUGGACGAUCAAUUGAGCGUUCAAUCAGCCUCAAGCGAUUCGGGCAUUGGCCUCGGCAACGUUGCCAGUAUCGGACAUUUUCCUCAUCUCUCCAUCACGGACAGUGUUUAAAAAAGGACUACACCAACAAAGAAAGGGGGAAAAAAACGUAACUAGAAAAAAACAGCAAAAAACAACUAAAUUUUCAAAUCAUCGCCUUCUCCUCUCUCUCUCUCUCUCUCUCUCUUUCGCUUGUAAACGCCACAUACAGCUACCAACGUCCACCACCUCCAGCCCUGAAAUUACUGCCAUUUUCUGUUCAAGUAUGUAGGAGAGUGAUGAAAAUCGGGAGGGAAGGGAUGAUUGAGAGAUUUUAAGAAAAAAUAGGGAGUGUUGUUCAGUAACAACAACACUUAAAAAAAAAAAAAAAAAAGGAACAACACAGACACUGCCGUGUCGAUUAUUUCAAAGUUUUGUUUUGGUUUCAAAUGAUUAUCCCUCCCUUAUUUUUUUUUUUUUUCUUGAGAUUUUUUUCUUUUUGUGGCUGACUGGAAAACAGGAAAUGGAUAGUGUGUCACUUGGAGGAGACGGAAAUGAUUGCGAUAUUGGACUUUGCGUUGGGUACAGAUUUUUUUUCUUACGGAGAGGGGGUGGGGGAUUUGGGGCAGCCGCGCCAUCAAAAAUUUAAAAAGCAGAUCCGCCGAUUGAGUUUGUGAAGAAAGAAAAUUUUUGCGAACGUGUGUGUGUGUGUGCGCGCGUGAGGGGGAGGGGGGUAACGAAUGCGCAAACCUUAAAGAGCACGAGUUGUAGCGAUCUCGCUGUAAAGAAAUCCUGAACAGUAUUUUUUUUCUUCACCUAUUAAAUUAAUUAAUUUUUUUAUCUCAUUCCCCAAAGAUUUUAUUUUUUAUUUUAUUUUUUUUUUUUCGUUUUCGAAUUGAAAGUUGUUCAGGGCAGCCACACCAUUUUACAAAUGAGUUUGUUUAUAUAUUUUUUAAGGUUAUUUUUAAGAAUAUAUCGUAAUCAGAGAGAUUACGCUAUUACAAAGUACAAGUCAGUACCAACACAGGUCGCCCCCCCCCUCCUCCCGAGAUAUCUUUUUUUCCCUAAGUAAAUCCCACCUUAACUUGUCAACUAUUUUUGAUUUGUGUUUUCAUCCCGUCCUUCCAUCCCCAGAAAACGUCCAUCUCUUUCCUUCACUGGGGGGUUGGGAUUUUAAUUGGGAGAAUAAUUAAAACAAAACAUUUUUUUGAAUCAGCAAAAUUGAUGAGAUUGGUACAAACUCGUGAUGUUCGAAACUGGUGAACGAUGGAAAUCCUUUUUUUUUUUUUUUUGUUUUUUAUUUGUUGGAAUUUUUUCUUUCUGAAAUUAAGUUUUUCGUCUGAUGGUGAAAAACCUGAAAAAAAAACAAUUUACGUUUGUUUUAGACUUUUAGACACACAAACGAAAAAUAUGUUGUGGGAACAUACAGCAAUGAAGACGAUUUAAUGUUGGUAUUAUUGAAAAAGAAAUGAGAUUCUUCCAGUUUAAAGGCGUUUUUUUUAAGACGUCGGUAGCAAAAGCGGAAUAUGUUCCAAAUCUUAAAUUUAACCUGAUUUGCAUUCUUCCUUUCUUCCUCCCCAUCCCUUUUUUUUUUAAAUUCAAGUUUGUAAAGUUCGACUUGAUUAAGAAAAUGAGAGGAAGAACGUAACAAAUGGACAAAGCCAGUGAAAAAGUGGAGACGCUACAAGUUGUCAAAAGAAAAACAAAUUAGAAAUUUUAGUUGAAGAAGAAAAGAAAUCCUGUAGUUAACGAGCGCCCUUUAAACCUCGUUCAAAUGUGUACAGAAUGUGUUUUCAAUUCGAUGGACAUUUUAGGACUACUCUCCCUUUUUUUGUUCACCCUUUUCGUUUUUCGUUAUUGCCUCCGAGAUCCAAAUGUGGGAAUUGCGUGAAAGAUGGCGGGGGGAAUUUAGUAGUAUAAACUUAUUCAAUUACCGAAGCCGUUUUUGUAUUCGAUUUCUAAUGUAGACAUUUUCUAGAAAGCAAAAGCUGAUGUGAAAAAUCCCCCAUUUUUUCAUCGUUCACACUUCAUCAUUGCCUCCUUGUUUAUAAUCCAGCAAAAGACUAACCGUUUCUUCAAUUUUGAAGCUAAAGUCCAACUAAACAAUUAAAAACCAACCAAAAAAAAAAAUAAGAAACAAGGAAUUCCUUACCCACACUUUCAUCUUUAAUGGCUUUCUCGCACCGUUUCCAUUCGAUCAACAUUUUUUUUUUCAUCGCGAACCCGCAGCAAUAGCGAAAAAUCUGUACAUUUUAACAAUUUUUUUGUUUAUAUUAUUCUUAAUUUCCCGGAGAAAUGAAAUCAUUUGAUCAAACUACAAAAUGAAGGGCAAAAACGAGGCACACACACACACACACAC